AUAGUAGGCAGAUAUUGACAAUUGAUAAGGGCACAAGGCACUGCCAUAAAAUCCCUGGAAAUUCUAUCAGAGUUUCAUCUACAUUCUCAGUUUAGACAAGUGCUUGUGCAGUAACUUGAGAAGAAAUGGAGGACAAGAGUUUAAUUGCCAAAGAUGUCACUGAAUUGAUCGGUAAAACACCACUGGUUUAUCUGAAUAACGUUGUCGAUGGAUGCUUUGCUAAAAUUGCUGCUAAGUUGGAGGCAAUGGAACCCUGCUCCAGUGUCAAGGACAGGAUUGGAUAUAGUAUGAUUGCAGAUGCAGAGGAGAAGGGUCUCAUUAAUCCGGGUGAGAGUGUCCUGAUCGAGCCAACCAGUGGUAAUACCGGUAUAGGAUUGGCAUUCAUGGCAGCUGCUAAGGGUUACAAUCUCAUAAUUACAAUGCCUUCUUCAAUGAGUUUAGAAAGGAGAAUGGUCCUCCGAGCUUUUGGAGCUGAGCUCGUUCUUACAGAUCCAGCUCGGGGUAUGAAAGGGGCUGUUCAGAAAGCUGAAGAAAUUCAUGCAAAGACACCUAAUUCUUACAUUCUUCAGCAAUUUGAAAACCCUGCCAACCCAAAGGUCCAUUAUGAGACAACUGGACCAGAGAUAUGGAAAGGCACUGGAGGGAAGAUAGAUAUACUUGUCUCAGGUAUUGGUACCGGAGGCACUGUAACAGGAGCAGGGAAGUAUCUCAAAGAGCAGAAUCCCGACAUUAAGCUCGUUGGUGUGGAACCAGUUGAAAGUGCGGUAAUUUCCGGAGGGAAACCUGGUCCACAUAAAAUCCAAGGAAUUGGUGCUGGCUUCAUUCCUGGUGUUUUAGAUGUCAAUUUACUCGAUGACACUGUUCAAAUAUCGAGUGAAGAAGCUAUUGAAACUGCAAAACAACUUGCUUUGAAAGAAGGAUUGUUGGUUGGUAUAUCAUCUGGUGCUGCCGCAGCUGCUGCAAUUAAGAUAGCCAAAAAGCCAGAAAAUGCUGGGAAACUCGUUGUUGUGGUCUUCCCCAGCUUCGGAGAGCGUUAUCUCUCUUCUGUGCUGUUCGAGUCUGUGAAACGAGAAGCAGAAAGCAUGGUUUUCGAGCCUUGAAAUGAACGGAAUCGUAGCUUCAAAGACUUCCGUGAUUAUAUGAUGUAUGGGGGGAUGAGAAGGAAGUGGUCAAGCGGCAUGUCAAUCCUUUUCAUAUGGAUGGAUUCUCCAAAACUACUUAAUAGUAUGGCGUCAUAUCAGAUGGAAUAAGGGCAAAUGUUGUUUGAACAAUGUUGGUGUCCGUUGUGAGAUUAAACAACCAUGUUUGAGAUACAAUACAUCAUAAAUAAGUUUUAAAUUAAAUAAAAUUCGGUGUUUCGAUUGCA